GAAAGAGAACAUACGCGUUUUGGGAGGCGGGGGUAAAAUAGAUUAAAUACACUCCAAAUUCAGCAUUCUCUGAGGAUCACUCAGAAACACCAUACUGCUGAAAGAGUGCUGUAUUCAGGGUCUUGUGGAACAAUAUCUGGAAUUUUGAGUAGAAAGCAUACAAUAAGAAUUACCAACAGAAGCACUUCAGGUAGCAAUGAUAUGGAUGCUGUAACAAAGAAAAAUAAGCGGGACGGAACAGAAGUCACAGAGAGACUUAUUACAGAAACUGUUACCACCAGGCUGACAUCUCUUCCCCCAAAAGGAGGCAGUAGCAGCAGCCUCAAAACAGCUUACGGUGGAGGGAGUGGAGUGGAAAAGAGGACAUACACCCAUGGCAGCAGCUAUGUGACAGCCAGUGGAAGUGCUAGAACGAAUCCCUCCUCUUCCUCCUACAAGCAAGCAACCACUUCUUCCUCUACUCUUCCCAAAUCACCAGGCUCAACCUUUGAACGAAAAACCUAUACUAGCCGCCAUGCAGCAUAUGAAGGGAGCUCCAGCGCAAAUUCCUCUCCGGAGUUUCCAAGAAAAGAUUUUGGUUCCUCUGCUACCAGGGGCAGAAGUCAAACCCGUGAGAGUGAAAUCCGAGUGAGGCUGCAGAGUGCUUCUCCAUCAACCAGGUGGACAGAAUUGGACGAUGUCAAACGACUCCUUCGGGGAAGUCGAUCAGCUAGUGCCAGCCCAACUCGGUCCCCGUCAAGCACACUCCCUAUACCUAAGAAAGCUGUUGUGGAAACCAAAAUGGUAACAGAGAGCACCCAGUCAGUGUCAGGGACAUAUGACACAACCAUCUUGAAUGCUGCACUCCCAUCAUAUAUGUGGUCCUCCACCCUGCCUGCAGGGUCAUCUCUUGGUGGCUACCACAACAACAUGGCUCAAAGCUCCUCUCUGAUCAACACUGCAGCCCAUUCUACUGGAUCAGUGUUUGGAAUCCCAAACAACUUGGCUCCCAGUUCCCCCACUCUACAUCCUGGCCUCAGCAGUUCUUCCACAGUAUUUGGUGUUCAAAACAACCUGGCUCCAAGCACACUUGGUGUUGCCAGCACUGCAGCCACAACCUCCACUGCAUAUGGAGCAAAGAAAAAUACGACUCAGAGCUCGGGCGUGACUAGUACUGGUGUGUCCACCUCGUCUACAACUGCUGCUACUACCACAGGCUCUCAGAAUGAUGACAUCCUGCGCAAAGACUGCAAGUUUCUGCUCCUAGAAAAAGAGAAUGUAACUCCAAAGAAAGAGAUGGAGCUGUUGAUCAUGACUAAAGACAGUGGGAAAGUUUUUAGUGCUUCCAGCGCUGGGCUCAGCGGAGGCUGUUAUACAGAAGACACUCUAAAGAAAGACAAGCAGGCCUUCUCUUCUUCACACGCUGGAGAUUUCUACCUGAAAUCAGAAACAAAUGGAGGAUUAAAAUCUAUUUCAACAAAGGACAAAGCUACCUAUGCAGAAAUCCGUGGAGAUGAUGGAUGUGGUGGGGCAGGUGCUGCUCCAGCCUGGUGUCCCUGUGCCUCCUGUUGUAGCUGGUGGAAGUGGCUCCUGGGCUUGCUCCUGGCCUGGCUGCUUCUCCUUGGUCUACUUUUUGGGCUUAUUGCUCUGGCGGAGGAAGUGAAGAAUCUGAGAUCCCGUGUGGAGAGCCUGGAAUCCCAAGCCAGCCGCUGGCAAAUUAAUCCUCACAGUGUGGAAAAUGCAUACUUGAACAAGGAUAUACGUGCUGAGAAAAAUACAGGAACAUGGAGUGAUAUGAAUGCAGAACAUCUGUGGAUUUUAAUGAAGCAGAAGCUGGAUGUGGAGAGAAGUCAAGGUUAUUUCCGAGGAGAACCAGGACAAAAAGGUGAUAUGGGUAGCCCAGGUAUUCCAGGUCUGCCUGGGCAUGAAGGUCCAAAAGGACAGAAAGGCAGCAUGGGUGAAACUGGCAUGGAGGGUCCCAUGGGACAAAGAGGGCGAGAGGGACCUCCAGGACCUCGUGGGGAACCUGGCUCGCCUGGAUUUGGACACAAAGGUGACAGAGGCCCUGCUGGUGAUCCAGGAUCUCAAGGUCCCCCUGGUCUUCCAGGUUCUGUUGGUCUCAAAGGUAUGAUGGGUUCUCCAGGCCCCCAGGGUCCUCCUGGUCUUCCUGGGCUUCAAGGAUUUAGCGGUGAACCGGGCAUCCCAGGUGUUAAAGGUGAAAAAGGAGCCAUGGGAGCACUUGGGCCCAAAGGUGACCAAGGGGAAAAAGGACUCCGUGGCCUUACAGGUGAACCAGGUUCCAGAGGGCUACCUGGGCCUACAGGUGAACCAGGAGCUAAAGGAUCAGCAGGUCCAUCUGGUCCAGAUGGGCACCAAGGCCUCAGAGGAGAGCAAGGUCUUAUGGGAUUGCCUGGCCUACGAGGCCCACCUGGACCUGCUGGAGAUGCAGGGCAGCCAGGUCUCACAGGACUUCAAGGACCACAAGGACUCCCAGGCAGUCUAGGCCGACCAGGACCUAAGGGUGAACCUGGAGCACCAGGUCGGGUUACCACUUCAGAUGGUGGAUCAACUAUUUCUGUCCCAGGACCUCCAGGUCCACCAGGGGCUGCUGGACCUCCAGGCCCACCUGGUGUUUCAGGUCCUGCUGGCCCAGCUGGUCUUCCUGGAGCUCAAGGUCAUCGUGGUGAAAGAGGCCCCCCAGGUGAAACCACAAUUGUGGAAACCAUCAGAUCAGAAGUUGGUUCUUCAGCUGCUCAAGCACUGCCAGAGAUGCGAGGACCCCCAGGACCCCCAGGGCCCCCAGGUGCUUCUGUUCAGGGCCCACCAGGACCCCGUGGCCUGCCAGGUGAACCAGGUAUCCCAGGAGCCUCUGUGCCAGCAGGUGCCGGAGUUGCCAUCCAAGGACUACCUGGGCUUCCUGGGCCACCUGGACCCAAAGGAGAGAAAGGUGAUGCAGGUGUACCAGGAGCUCCUGGCAUCCCUGGAGCUGGAACAAGAACUUCUCAGGGUCCCCCAGGUCCUCCAGGCCCUCCUGGAUCCCCAGGCCUAGGAAUUAGUGGAAUUGGUUCAGCACAAGAUCUUCAGCAGUUCAUCGCUGAGUACCUGCAGAGUGACACUAUUGGGCGUUAUCUAAUUGGACCACCUGGUCCUCCAGGGCCACCAGGAAUCAUAACCACAAUUGGUGAGGAGUCUUUGGACUAUACUGAAUUGGCUCGCCGUGUUGUGAACUACAUGUCUGGAGCGGAUGUUCGUCAGUAUUUCAUUGGACCCCAAGGUCCCCCAGGUCCCCCUGGGCCCCCUGGACUGGGAGGAGACAGUUUAUCUUAUGAUGAAUUGACAAGAUGGGUUAUCAGCUAUAUAAGAAGCUCAGAGUUUAGUGGCUUUGUAGGGCCACCUGGUCCCCCAGGCCCACCAGGAACACCAGGCAACUCUCUUUCUUCCAUCACUGCAGAGGACAUCUCCACGUACUUACAAAGUUUGGGGUACUUCACACUUUCUGGACCUCCUGGACCUCCAGGCCCACCAGGCCCUCCAGGCCCUGGCUUGUCAGGAACUGGCCUUGUUUCCUAUGGUGAUGAUAUUUGGACUGAUCAGUUCAGAAGUGAAUUGAUUAAGUACCUUACUAGUGAUGAUGUUCGUGGCUUCAUCAGAGGACCUCCUGGGCCUCCUGGGCCUCCUGGUCCAGUUGGAGAUGGCAGUUUCAUGGCUGAAUCUUACAGAAGGUCUCUAAAUUCAGAUGGGUCAUAUGGCAGGUCUGUGAGUUCUGCUGCAUCCUAUGAUGCAUCCCUUGCCACAGAGGGAUCAUAUAGCAGUUCAUUGGGAAGCAACAGAGCAUAUGAAGGAUCUCUGGGAGCUGGUGGAUCUUAUGGUGGAUCGCUGGGAGAAGGCGGCUCUCAUGGUGGAUCACUGGGAGCAGGCGGCUCUCAUGGUGGAUCACUGGGAGCAGGCGGAUCUCAUGGUGGAUCACUGGGAGCUGACAGAUCUUAUGGUGGAUCGCUUGGAGCUGACGGAUCUUAUGGUGGAUUGCUGGGAGCUGACGGAUCUUAUGGUGGAUCGCUGGGAGCCGGUGGAUCUUAUGGUGGUUCAGUUGGAACAGAUGGCUCUUAUGAUGGUGCAGGUGGAGCAGAUAGAUCUUAUGGUGGUUCAUUUGAUGGAGAUGGAUCACAGAUGAGAUCAGUGGGUGCAGGAGGAUCCUAUAGUGGAUCAUUUGUUAGGUCACUGGAUUACAAUGAGCUGGCAGCCAGAGUUUCAGAAAACAUAGAGAGCCGAGGGCUCCUCCAGGACAUGAUUACUUAUGCUGUGCAAGGACCACCUGGGCCUCCAGGGCCUCCUGGCAUUCCAGGCAUCAGCCAAGUGUUUGCAUCCUAUGGCAAUAUCACUGCAGACCUCAUGGACUUCUUUAGAAUUUAUGGAACGAUUCCAGGCCCACCUGGACCGCAAGGAGAUAUGGGAUUCCCAGGACCCAAAGGUGACAUAGGACCAAUGGGCCCCCCAGGCCGCCAAGGCCCAAGAGGACCAAAGGGUGAAAAGGGCGAGAAAGGUGAACAAGCGUAUGUUGGCCGAAGGAAAAGGAGAAGCAUUGGGGUCUAAUCUAAGAACAUGAAUAAGAGAAGAAGAUUCCUCAGUCGCUUAUGGUUGCUUUUUUGAUCUCAGCAGAGAUAAAGCCUGUUUCCAGUAACUUCCAGCAAGUGACCAUUAACACGUGGUACUUUGUGAAUGAUUUUCUUAACAUUUUACCUUUUGUCUAGGAUUUGGGUGGCUUCCAGUAAUACAUACCAAACUAAUUGCUCAUUUGUUUGUUGUUGUCCCAUAUGGAUUGAAAUUGGGUAUACCCCUCGUCUAAGCCUGAGGAUUUUAUAUAAGCACAGGCCCCAAAGUUUUAAUUUACUUUCGAGGACACACAGCUCAGCUUCUCUGGAUGAAGAUUGGUAUGCGAAGUCUUCAAUAGAAACUGAACCAAAGAUGGAAAUAUUGGAUUCUGAGGUUAAAUACCUUAACUUGUAGUAGAAGAAGGUAUAUCCAAAAUUAUCAAGCACCUGGAUUUAAGAGUAGAAGGCUUCAAGUCAGUUGUGACAAUUCUCAAAUAUUUGCCAGCAGGAUGCAUAACUAUAAGAUAUGCUUUUUUAUUUAUUUAUUAUUAAAUCCUUUUUACCCAUUUUUAACUGCAUCACAAAAACUUUGGUUAAAACCAGUUUUUAAGAUGAUUGCUUUGGUUUUAAUUACAUUAAAAGUGCCAUUUUAAUAUAAAGCUUCCCAAUUAGAGCUUGUUUACAUUCUAGCCUCACUUUGGUAGUACUGAAGUGUCAUGACAGACAUGGCUGGGGUAAGUUUAAGCAUUCUAUUAACAUAUAGCCAUAGUAUUAAGUGCAGUGGCCCAAACACAUUAAAAAGUGAAAUUUUAUCUGUCACCAUUAUUCCCUCUGCUGCCUGUUUACAGUGAGCAUCUCUUCAGCUACCUGAUGUCUUUAAGGAGCAUAUUCAAUCCCCAUUAGCAUAAAAUGAUGCACAGCAAGGUGAAUUUGGGUAGGAAGACUGUGCCGUUGCAACAAACCAAGCCAAUAAGUUUAUUUUCAUGUGUCCUAACAUGAAGCCAGUUUUGUAUCAUGUGAAUUCGCACAUUAUUGUACAUGCAUCAUAGUAGCAAUUAGGUGAUGAUUAGGUAUGGCUACUUAAAAAUAGUAAAUGUAAAUCAUACAGAGACAUAAAAAAACCAAAUCAGCUUAUACAUGGAUGAUCUGCAAUCAGCAGAAUUCAACAGAACCCAGGAAUGUUUUGAGUGUUAUGUCCAAUGUAACCAGCAGGUUUUCUUUUUAUGUUUUUGUUGCAAGUUUUGAAACUGUAACUCUUGAACCAGUGACACAUCUCAAAAUGUUACAGAAUUGUAACUUAUUAAAAACAUUGUUGAGUAUAGUUCAACCUCGAUUUCUCCAUUUGCUUCACGAUUCAGUUUUAGUGUUCCAUAACUCAUGGUAAAAGACUCAGUAUUUAGGCAAGAGACUGAAGAAGGUACACAUUCGAAAAAUAACACUAGUGAUGGGAAGUUACAUUUGGGCAGGUUGCCCAUUGUCUCCUACCUUGUCAUACAUACAAGGAGAAAUAAGUAGUUGCAGGUUGUCAUCUUGUGAAAUCAAAACUAAUUUUCUACAAUGCUAAGAAGUGGGUAAUGCAAGUGCUAGAUACUAGAAAACUAUGUAACAUAAUGUGCUCAGUGGGGCUGUCUCUAUCAAUCUUCAUAUAGUUGGAAAACUACUUUUGCUACUUUCAAAAGUAGUUUGUGACAUGGUAUUGAGGUUGGGGGCUGUCUGCUAAUCUCAUGAGGAAAAGAAGUCUCAGAACUGUACACCAGUCCUUGAGGGCACAUAAAAUAUCUCUCUGGACCUGUAACCAUUGUCAUGAUGACCUACAGAAAAGGGAUUUCACCUUUUGUUUAGUUCAAAAACUUGUUCUAGAAGCACACACUGGAUAAGAUGAAUACCCUGUAAUUGACAUCUUGGUUGUCUGGUUAUGAGUGGUUUGAGCAAAGAUCCUAUUCAAUCAUUUUAAAAAAAAUAUCAAGCACUUUGUUGUGCAUUUAAACCAGCUGUAUUAGUUACCAAGGCAUUUGGUUUUUUAAAAUAAAAUUACUUUAAAUAUGU